CGUUAUCAACCGGGUAAGGUCACCCUUCGGACAAGCUUGUUGAACACGAUGGUUGCAGUCAAGUCGCGAAUGUCCAAGGUUUCCCUUAUCUUCGCUGCUGGGACCGCACUUUUCUCAGACGGAUAUGCAAACGGUGUCAUUGGCUCAGUAAAUACGCUGUUGACCCGGAUCUACGGCAAGGAGGCCAUCAAUGGUCAUAAUUACAGCAAAACCUUGACCAGUGUCGCGUUCGCCGGUACCGUCGUCGGAAUGCUCGUCUUCGGCUAUCUGUCUGAUAAGCUCGGUCGCAAAUUCGGCAUGAUGCUUGCCACCGGCAUCGUCGCACUGUUCUCGGGCCUGUCUGCCGCGAGUUCAGGCGCGCAUCACAGUCUCGGCGGUAUGCUCGCCAUGCUCAGCGCCUGCCGUUUCUUGCUUGGAAUUGGCGUAGGCGCUGAAUACCCUUGUGGGUCAGUUGCCGCAUCCGAGCAGUCUGAGGAGGAAGGGAUCAACAAGAAGGCUCAGCAUAGAUGGUUUGCUCUUGCGACAAAUACUAUGAUCGACUUUGGAUUCGUUGUCGCAGCCUUUGUCCCUCUCGUUCUCUAUUGGAUUUUUGGUCCAAACCAUCUCCGUGCCGUAUGGCGUCUAUCUCUUGGCUUAGGCCUUAUUCCCGCUGUUGCGGUAUUCAUCUGGCGUCUAAACAUGGAAGAGCCAACUCGGUUCAAAAAGGACUCGAUGAAGAACACCAAGAUCCCAUAUUUACUAAUCAUAAGAAGAUAUUGGAAGAGUCUGGCUGCCAUCUCCACAACCUGGUUCAUUUAUGAUUUCAUUGUGUACCAGUUCUCCAUCUACUCCUCGACCGUGGUUUCCAACAUCACCAAUAAUUCCACAUCACUGAGUGUUGUUUUCGGGUGGAACGUAGUCAUCAACCUCUUCUACAUUCCAGGAACCAUUGGUGGCGCAUUCAUUGUUGAUUAUCUGGGACCGAAGAAUACCAUGAUCACAGGGUUAUUACUCCAAGCCAUCAUUGGCUUCAUCAUGAGUGGGCUCUACAAACAAUUGACGGACCAUAUCGGGGCCUUUGCUGUCGUAUACGGCAUCUUCCUAAGCUUUGGAGAGCUGGGUCCUGGAAACUGUCUCGGUCUGCUGGCCGCCAAAACAGGCCCAACGGCCGUGCGUGGUCAAUUCUAUGGCUUGGCUGCCGCUGUCGGGAAAGUUGGAGCCUUCGUCGGGACUUGGGCCUUCCCUCCCAUCAUCGCUGAUUUUGGCGGUGACACAACGACCAAGGGAAACACCGGACCUUUCUGGAUUGCGAGCGGUCUUGCUGUAUUGAGUGCCCUCAUCACGUUCUUCGGCAUCAAGCCUCUCACCCAGGACGGGAUGCUCAAGGAGGAUCAGGAGUUCCGUGCAUACCUUGAGGCACACGGAUGGGAUACCACACUCAUGGGCAUCGGCAGUACCGAGAACUCUCAGGAUUUCCCAGAGACGGAGAAGGAGAGCGCCGCGUCGGUCAAGGAAGUUUGAUACCACUGACAUGGGGGCUUGACUGUGCGCUUUUGGAUAUGUUUUCUUGUAGUCGAGCCCGUGCUUGUAACGGAUACCACGAUAAUGAACGAUUUUUUUGUUUUUUUG